AACUUCGACGACUCUCAACACCAAAGGCAGCAUCCGCAACAUCCUAGCAAUCACUUACAAAAUAACAUUAAAAAGGCACAAACAUCCGCAGAAAUGGCCGGUGGCGGAAUCACAGCUCUUCUCAUCGUCCUCGUAACGCUCUUCGUGCCGCCCAUUGGUGUAAUACUCACAGCCGGCUGUGGUAUGGACCUCGUGGUCAACAUCUUCCUUACGAUACUUGGUUUCAUUCCUGGCUUGAUCCAUGGACUCUAUGUUCUUUAUAUCUACUACGAUCGACGUGAACAGGCUGCUACAGGUCGCAUCUCGUCAAGUCGCGCGCCAGGCAUCUAUAGCGACAAGGUGCAGAGUGGAGCUGGUGCCGGCUACGGCACCACACGUUAUUAGAAGCGCGCCCCUCCAUCGAAAUGACUGAUCCCACAAUACGCUUAGUGAUUCCAUGAGAAAGAACACUUCGUAGUGCAGUGAGGAGGACAUGGUAGUGUCACACUCGUGUGCUCUGCCGUGGCGGGCGGGGAGGGUGGAUGAGCGGUUGGUAAUGCUUGUGGGUGUACAGCCCAAGGCCUGUCUUCGUAGGGCCAGUCAAGCUUAGCUACCAAUGCAAGUCAUUGAGACGAUUCAUCGUCGCA